AUGACAACGAUAAAAGAAAGAAAUGGUCGAUUGUUCAUUACCAUUCCAGAGCUGAAUGUGUCCAAUUUACCUCUCUUGCCGAUCGAUUCGGAUAUUUAUAAAUCGUUUGGUCCCCUUAAUAAUUUUGCAGUAUUUCGUCGAAUAUGUCAAGAACGCUUGAACUCAAACUGCCAAGAAGUAUCCAAAAUUGCUAGUCACUUGUGGAAACAGGUUCCUAAACAUGUUAAGGAUACCUUAAAAGAAUAUAGUAGUAAGAUCGCGAAAGCAAAGGCGCCAAAGAUUACCUUUAAAACGAAGUCGUACAAUAAAGAAGAUUAUAUGAGAACUAAAUCAACAACACGUCGUCCAAAGAAAAUCAAGGAUAAACCAAUCGAACUUAAUUCAGUUGAGGCCAUGAUCCCUUUUUUGAUAAAAAAACCACCAGUUGACGAACUAUGGUUUCAACUAGAGAAAAUUGCGGGUGAUAUCUUUAGUCAAAAAUUAAAUGAACACCAAAUUUAA